AUGGGGGGGGGGGGGAAUUAAUGGGGCUCUUCCGUGUCGUGACCUUUUGGCUUUUUGAGCAUGCGAUUGAUUUAAUUUCGCUUUUGACGGCGGAUCUCGAGUUCUGAAGGUAGUGCUAGUAGGACGGAAGUGCGGAACAGUUACUCAAACUCCGCUGAGCAAGCAGUCUGGGCGGGCAUUAGGCUGCGGGAAUUCAGCUGUCGUGAAUUUGGUUUAUAGAAAACCUCCCUCGCAACAGCUCUGAUCUUGUGUCGAUAUUUUCGUAAAGGGAUAAUGGAUAUUCGGCGGCCGCACGCAUUUGUACUGCUGCUGUGUGUCUCCGUGGCUCUGCGAGGGCGGAUACUUCGGGCUGCCGCGAUCAACCAGCGACCCCUAAUCGGUAUUUUGGCUCAGGAAGUAUCUGAUAAAUUUGCAAACUAUGGCAGUAGCUACAUUGCAGCAUCGUAUGUGAAGUACUUGGAAUCGGCUGGAGCAAGAGUUGUACCCAUUAGCACUAAACUAAGUGAAGCUGAAUACCGGAAACUAUUUUAUUCUAUAAAUGGGGUGCUUUUCCCAGGUGGUCACGUAAACCUUCAGACAUCACAAUAUGCCAAGAUUGCAUCUUUGUUUUAUGAUCUUGCAAUACAGGCCUAUGAUCAUGGGACUUAUUUCCCAAUCUUGGGGGUUUGCCUUGGAUUUGAACAGCUGACUGUCCUUACCAGUGGAAAAAAUCUUCUGGUUGCUACGAACACCAAGAAUGUGUCUCUUCCUUUGAAAUUCAGCCAAGCUGCAGCAACCAGUAGGAUGUUUAAGAACGUUCCUGAAGAUUUGAUGAAAGCAUUGGUUGUAGAACCUUUAACUGGAAAUUUCCACAAGUGGAGUCUUUCUGUAGAGCAAUUUGAAAGGAAUGAAGAUUUGAAAAACUUCUACAAGAUCUUGACCACUAAUACAGACAGCCAACAGAUUGAAUUUAUAUCUACAAUGGAAGCACACAGCUACCCCAUUUAUGGAGUUCAGUGGCAUCCAGAGAAAAACCCUUAUGAGUGGAAUCCAAACAUCAGCAUCCCACAUACCAGCAAUGCUGUCAAACUAACAUGGUACAUGGCUGACUUUUUUGUUAGUGAAGCUCAGAAGAAUUGGCAUCAUUUUCCUAAUGAAAAAGAAGAAGAGGGGGCUUUGAUCUAUAACUAUGCACCAAUUUAUGCUGGCAACAUCUCCAGCUUUGAACAGAUUUAUGUAAUUGAUAAACCCUCCUUCAGUUAAGAAGUGGGCUUUGGCAAAUAAAUCAUCUGUGUGCCAAGAUGUGGAGAACCAUUUGAAAUUGUAUGGCUUCCCAACCAUGUAUCCUUUAAAUGUAAUCACUUGAUUCUAUUAGUUCUAAUAUAAAAAUAGUUAUGUUAACUUUGUGGCCUAUAGAAAAUAAUGUAUAAUUCUGUGGACACUGACACUGUCAGGAUAAAGUUAAUGGAUAUUGUGAGAUAUUUUUGCUUUUUGCUCACUUUUCCUGACUAACUUGGAUCAUCUGGUGGGUAAGGCUACAGUUUUGGCUAUAGAAGUUGAUAUUGGCAAAAGCACAUCAUCGCUGCUUCAUUGUACUAUCGGUACUGGUUUCUGCAUUUCUGAAGUAACAAGCUCCAUGAGGAAUAUGUUUACUAUCUUGAGGGUGAAGUUCCUCCAAUUCAUACUUUUAGCAAAUCACACUAAAUUUAAAACCAGAUUCUCAAUUUUGUACUUGUAUAGAUUCUAAAAGAAUUUUAACUGAAUAGUGUAUCUGAAUACAUUAUGGCUUUCCCAUCCAGAAUACUUUGACAAAAAUAAAUUGAUGUCCUUAGACAAUGAACAUCAGAGAGUCUCGCAAAUUGAGCCCACAUCUGAGUAGAGAAUCACAUUUAAUACUAAAUGACGACAUUUUGAUGUGAAUCUCUCCUGUUUAAUUCCGAAAUGCUAGAAGAAGACAAUUUAUCCUGUGUUGUCUUUGUGCAAAGGAUAGAUUUUAAAGUUCAAAGUAAAUUUAUUAUCAAACUACUUAUAUGACACCAUAUACAAUCCUGAGGUUGAUUUUCUUGCGGGCAUUCAUAGUAAAUACAAGGGAUCAAUGAAAGACUGCACCCAACAAAACAGUAAAACACCAGUGUGUGAAAGACAACAAAUAAUGCAAAUACAAAAAGAUGAUAAUAAUAAUAAAAUAUGCAAUGAAUAAUGAGAACAUGAGGUGAAGAGUCCAGAAGUGAGUACCUAGGUUGUGGGGACAGUUCUGUGAUGGGGUGAGUGAAGUUAUCCCUUCUGGAUCAAUGAGCCUGGUGGUUGAGGGGUAAUAACUGUUCCUGAACCUGGUAGUGCGGGUGUUGAGCCUCCUGUACCUUCUUCCUGUUCCAGCAACAGUGCUCCAAGUAGCUAUGCUCCGUGAUGGGGAGGGCUUUAUCCAUGCUGGACUGGGCUGUAUCCACUACUUUUUGUCAUCUUUUGUAGAAGUUUGCAGGUGAAUUAUAUGUAUGUCAAUUCACUAAAAUUCAUUUUCUUAAUUAUAAGCCCCAACAUACCUUUACCACAAAUCCCAUUUCAAUGCAAAAUGCACUUUGCCUUCCACAUUUUUAGUGGGGUGCACUUGCAAAAUGACUAAUUCGAUCAAUACAUUUUCCAAGCUUCUAUGAAGGCUAAAAUUAACUGAAUUACGUUUGUAAAUUUGAAUUUCUGUUUUUAUUGUAAUCGAAGGGCAAGAGAUUGUUUUGUAAAAGAAGUGUGGAAAGGAGAAACAAAAGCAUACAGCUUGUACAAUUGCCUCCCUGGUUACCUCUCAUACUCUUAAUACUGUCAGCCCAAUUCCCAAAGAUUUUGUUCAGGAAGUGCUGCAUUGUUUUGUCGUGAAAUAGCAUUAACCAGGUAAGGUGACAUACAGAAUUUUUUUAUAUCGACUGGACAAAUUGGAUCAGCCCAUGACUGAAUGGCAGAGCAGACUCGAUGGGCCGAAUGACCUACUUCUGCUUCUGUAUCUUAUGGUAUUAUUAUAAGCUUUAACAGUUAAAAGGAUACAAAUAAACUUCUAUUUCAGUAUUAGAAACAUAGAAAAUAGGUCCAGGAGUAGGCCAUUUGGCCCUUCGAGCCUGCACCGCCAUUUAUUAUGAUUAUGGCUGAUCAUCCAACUCAGAACCCCGCCCCAGCCUUCCUUCCCUCCAUACAUCCCUCCAGAUGUAAGUUUCUGGUUUUUGGUCUUUGUAGGAAGUAAAUGAGUAAAUGUCUUUGCCAAUUGUAUUGUGCUUCAGUAUAAUGAUUUGCUGACUAUCAAAGGAUUCUUUAUGCACUGCACAACACUGCAAACCUGUUUUCCAGUAAUGCAAGGUGUAAUAAAACUUUUGGAAAUUUAAUUUGUGUUUUUGAUCUGUGAUAAAGCUCAACAAAAUUAAACAUUGUAUUUUG